UCCGAGUCGGGCGCGGUGAUAGUUUCGCGUCCAUCGUGGCUCAUCUCGAGAAUCUCGCGGUACUGUGAAUUGUGGCGUCUCGCUCUGUGCGUGGUGGAUAGGGUUGAAUCCCCUGUCGAAUCCCCACGGCGAUCUCCUGCGGGAGGAGCGAGCGAGAAAGGCUGUUUCGUGUAGUGAGAACAUGUCGACGACGGAGAACCAGAACGGUACCGCGGGUGGCACACAGAGUAACGGCAUUAAGACCCUGUCGUCGUCAUCGUCCGCGUCAUCCACGGCGUCGUCCACGACGUCGUCGGGCGUCUCGCCGUCGUCCGGCGGUCGCGUCGGCCUAGCCAACAACAGCAACUCGUCCUUCCUCUACAACAGCAGCACGAUGCUGAGCCGGGAGAAAGCACGGCAGAUGCCGCCACCAACCAUGCCUAAGUACACGUCGAGCUUUAAUGCCGGUUCGAACGGCGGCGGCACGGCUGAGCGGCUCGGCAGGGACCGCGAAGCCGGCGGCAGCUACAGGCUCGCUAGCCUGGACAGGCUCGCUCUGAGGCAAAGGAUACUGGACGGGGAUAAGGCGAACGGCGAGCCCAUCUCGAUCCAGACUAAACGUGAGCUAUUCUUCAAAAGUGAUGGCACAGGUAUAAUUUCGUCGCCGUCAGUGCCAUCGGUACCGCCGCCGCAGCCACCGACGCAGGUACCUGGGUCUCAGGUGAACAAUUCGUCGACAGCAAACGCCACGACGGCUAGCAGCCUCACGUCUCCAAACACGGCGCCGGUGUAUUCCAGCGGAGCCCUGAGCGGGCUCAAUGCGAAGUCGCGGCUGCCGUCCGCAGCGGCGACGACAAUCCCGAACGACGCCUCGGAAGACAGCAACAGGCGCGAAUCGGCACGUACCACGAUUUCCUCCAAAGAGGACAGCAACAAGGAGACCAGUCUGCUGCACCAUGCGCGACCCACACCGCCCACCAAACCCAAAGAACUCGACGGCUACGUCGGCUUCGCGAAUCUCCCCAAUCAGGUGUACAGGAAGGCCGUGAAGAAGGGCUUCGAAUUCACACUCAUGGUCGUAGGGGAGUCUGGUCUCGGCAAAUCUACCUUAAUCAAUUCCAUGUUCCUGGCGGACAUAUACAGUGCCGAAUAUCCUGGCCCUAGUCUCAGGAUAAAGAAGACAGUUGCCGUGGAGACUAGUAAAGUGUUACUGAAGGAGAACGGCGUCAAUCUCACUCUCACGGUCGUCGAUACUCCCGGUUUCGGUGACGCUGUGGAUAACAGCAACUGUUGGGUGCCUGUAAUUGACUACAUCGAGUCGAAAUAUGAGGAGUUUCUCAACGCCGAAUCCCGCGUGACGAGACGGCAGAUCCCAGACAGUAGAGUGCAUUGCUGCCUCUAUUUCGUCGCACCCUCCGGUCAUGGAUUGAAGCCUCUCGAUGUAGAGUUCAUGCAGCGCCUCCACGACAAAGUUAACAUCAUACCCAUUAUCGCUAAGGCAGACACAAUGACGCCGGAUGAAUGCGCGUACUUCAAAAAACAGAUUUUGAACGAGAUUGCGCAACACAAAAUAAAAAUCUACGAGUUCCCGGAGGUCGAAGAAGAAGAAGACAACAAACUUCAUAAGUCAUUAAGGGACAGAGUGCCAUUUGCAGUCGUGGGAGCGAAUACUGUCGUCGAACACGAGAAUGGGAAGAAAGUGCGAGGAAGAAAAUAUCCCUGGGGAAUUGCAGAAGUUGAGAAUCUAGAACACUGCGACUUCAUUGCGCUCCGAAACAUGGUAGUAAGGACGCACGUGCAGGAUCUGAAGGACGUGACGAAUAAUGUGCACUACGAGAACUUCAGGUGUCGCACCUUGGCUGGUCUAGGCGUAGAUGGCAAACCAACAAAGGCCUCGAAUAAUUUGUGCCCUCCAGGAGUGAUGAACAGUUUCAUGAUGGUGUGGAACCCGUUGGCGCAGCUGGAAGAGGAGAAGCGCGAGCACGAUAAUAAGAUGAAGAAGAUGGAAACGGAGAUGGAGCAAGUUUUCGAGAUGAAAGUUCGCGAAAAGAGACAGAAGUUGAAGGAUUCCGAGGCGGAUUUGCAGAGAAGGCACGAACAGAUGCGACGCUCGUUAGAGCAGCAAGUGCGCGAGCUGGAGGAGAAGAGAAGAACGUUCGAGGCGGAGAAAACUGCUUGGGAGCAGCAGACUGGCCACAGUAUUGAAGAAUUGCGCAGACGCAGCUUAGAAGCGAAUUCGAAAGAGACUGUUGACGGUAAAGAUAAGAAGAACAAGAAGAAGGGUCUCUUCUAAUCGCGUCGAUUAGCAGGAUAAAUAGACAGCGAGAAAGAGAGCAGGCAGGAACGAUCCGAUUCAGACGUGGCUAUCGCAUUUUCGGCCACGGUAUUUAUCUACCGAUGACAUACCGACGAAUUAGUUUCGAUAAACGAUAGGCUCAAAUUGCGCGCAAUGUAUUCAAUCUCGCGUAAGCACUGACGAUCUCGCCACACGCUUGAACGUAAUUCAGAGGAAUAGCUGCCUAGGGUCAGCAACGGACUUGAAGAUGUGUGAAAUAGGCGACUAUACUGAGAGAUCUAUGGAAGCGAGGAGCCAAGGCACUCCGAAACAUGCAGGAUUCGUGAUUACCCGAUCUCUAGUAUCACCCUGCGAUGCUGAUUAAUCUACAGAGUCGAGAGUCCACAUGCAUCCUAGUUUCUAGUUCAAAGAUUCACUGGGUGCAGAAUCUUGGACGUAAGAUUGAUUAGUAGCGAACCAGCUGUGGUAUCCUCGUCGAUACACAUUGUCCUGGAUAACAUUGAAAUUCACACGAAUAACCUGCAUCCCGUUUUUAUUCGCGACGCCUGAUUCAUGCAAAACCGCAAACGGAAAGAAAGGGGAAAAAACCGUUUUCUUACGAUAGAGUGCGUCCGCCUGCGCUUUUUUGCGCUUGCUAUCCGGGAAGGAAAGAAAGGAAGAGAGAACAAGAAGCUGCACAAUCAUCUUUUCACGCUCAUCAGCGUUUAAUCGCGAUCACCAUUUAUUUCACGUAACAACUGUACAAAAAAAAACCUAUGUAGGCAUAAUUUUUUGGAGAACGUAAUUUUCGUACUUUUUCUCGGCGUGAGUUAGCUCCGUUUCAGCUUAUGUAUCUUACUGCGUAACGAGAGCGUCAUGUUCGCCACCCUCCGCUGAUCACAAUUACAUGUUCGUUAGUUUUAUGACUGGACAAAAAUCGAAGACAUUCGUCAUAUCAAAAUAUCUUACAAUUAUAACGAUAGAACGUCUUGAAAUAGAAAAAUAAAAGUAUUAUACAUAUGCUUACGCUGAAUACAAUGAGUUUGGAUCACUUUGGUAUUCUUAAGUGAUAAUUUUGAUAUUGCGUAAGUAUAUAAUCGAAAUAUUUUUCUGUGUGAAUCCGCUUAUCAAAAAAAAUCAAUUUUUUGUAAACUUAUAACUUUAUUUGAUAUACAGGAUAAUAAUUCCUGAGUAAGUGCAAAAAUGUAAGAGGAUAACAAAAAUCUACAAAAUUCAUGUAUUUAAAGAUAAAUGUAUGUAAUAUUUUAUCCUUGGAUUAAUUUGACAAGAGAAUUUUCAAAUCUAGCGAAGUAUUGAGACUUAAAUAUUAAGAAAUUAUAAAAUGUUCUGACACAUAAAGACUUACUAAGCAUAUGGUUCAAUUUAUAUAAAUCGAAAAUUUACAAUGAAUUAAAAAAUUUCUAAUGGAUCAAUUUUCAAUAAGUCAAAGAAAAUUAGUUUGUAAGAGAAAAUCAUUGCGAUAAUCAUACUUUUUAUCACGUUAUUAACGCGAAUAACAUCUCCUGUUGCAGAGGGAGGCUGAACAUGGUAUCGCACAAAAACAGCGGCCAUAUAUAUAUAUAUAUUUAUGUAUAAAUAAAAAGCGGGGAGCAGCGUAAGUGUAAGUCUAAUUCAUGUACAUGUACACGUAAGUCACGCCUUGUGACAGGCGCGGGAGAUCGAUUUUGAUAAGAAUGGAUCAUUGUAUAAAUAAUAAACCUAGAUGUAUUGGACCACCGUGAUUCAAGAUGGUGCGAUUUUUCCUUUUUCCAUUUUGCAACGAGGCCGCUUGAACCUUUGUCUUUACCGUGGCCGAAGUACCAAGUUUUAUUUUCGAAAUUAUAUUUUCUGUAUAAUUAAUAGCAUAUCGCUUCGAUCAGUACAACGUCGACGACACAAACGGAGAGCAUUGUAACUGGUGCUGCUAAAGAAAUAUUGAUAUGAUAAUCUUGUGCGAAAAUAUCCUUAUUUCUUGAUUGCAGCAAACUAUCGAAUGAAAAUAUAAAGCUACGUGUUUUGAAGUGACGAUAUCUCUGUGGCGCGAGCCACCGGUAAAGUCACAUUGAGAAAUUAGUCUCAAAAUACAGUUGCAAUUCAUCGGUGUGCCGCCGACGUUUACGCAGACAAACGUUUAUACUCGCGCCGUCUGGGAUCCGUCCACGUCGAUUGUUUAGAAGAUAAGCUAAUUAAGUUACUUCUGUGCCAAGACGAGCAAGGAAGCAAACGUUUUGUAAUGCCGUAGCAGUUUCCUUGGUUACCGCGAGAUGAAGCACACGGUAUUCUCCCCGGGAAGAUUACUCAGACGCGUUCAAAAGGUUUAGGAGUUACACGUUUAUCAAUCAUUCAACGGAUGUUCCGAAAACACUCCGAAAGUAGUUGAUCUCGUUUUCUAAUGGCCAAAUUUAACAAUUUGGCAUAUUGUUUGACGACAUGUAAUUUAUUAUUUGAUUUCAGUAAAGAUCUGUUCCUUUUAGUUAUCCUUCCUACCACGUGUAUCUUCUUCUCUUCCGUAGAAUUUGCGAAUACAUUUGUUUCACAUCGAACACUAGGGCCGGUAUUUAUAGUCAGAUCUUAUAUUCAAGACUGUCUUACGAUCAUCUUUAGACGCUACGUAACCAAUAAAACGUUUCAUACAGCAUCUUUAGAUAAAUUCAAGACGGUCUUGAAUAUAAGAUCUGACUAUGAAUUCCGGUCUAGAAGUAUUUAAAAAAAGGAACUGAAAGGAACAGAUCUAUGAAACAAUACGGAGGCCAGUAAAAAUUGUCGUUCGACGAUUAUCUAUCAUAGUUUUUCAAUAACGUGUUCUAUUUUACCGUGCUGGACUUCCCCCGUUUCCUUCAUCUCACGGGGGAGGAAGGGGGGUGGGAAGAAAUGAGAAACGAGCGUACGCUACAUUCCUAUUUUGUACGCAUUUUUCUAAUUAGGCCCGCCGCUCGAGCGCGUUCAGCCCUUUCGCGGAGAUACGGCUACCCAAUCCCCCGUUCGCAUCUGACGUACGUGGAUCAAAUAAUCGAAGGCAAAGUCGCAUUUAACGCUGAUGGAAAAUCAAAGAUACGAGCCUGAGAAACGCGAGAACAGCCUGAACAGGCGUCUAAGAGUUGAGAUGAUAAUAUCGCCUUCUUCCACGUCUUUACUCUUUACCCUCGAAAAUUCGCUCUGUUGACCAGGAUAUGUAGGCUCGCCAGAGUACUCUUGAAAUUUGGAUUCAAGAACGCGAAAACCGUGGCAGCGGAGAACUUCAGCAGCCAGUCUAGCUGAACAUUCUGAUCGUAAGACUCGUGGAUCUAGAAUGAGAUUGGAGAUUGAUCUUUGUACCUGAGUCUGUGCAAAGAUCCCAGAGGAGCACAGAGGAUCUGAGAAAACAGAAAAACGGAGAGAUUAGAUCUUCACACGCGUCUGUCUCAGAUGUUUUAUGUCGCCAAGUUACAAAUGGGGCGUAAAGCGUAAAGAAACGAAAGGGUAAAAAAAUGGUUUCACGAUAUUAUACAGGGUGUCCCAGGUUAAACUCAUUGGAUGUCCAAACGAUUGUAAUAGGAAAACCUGUGUGUAUGAUUUAGAAGUUUUUAAAAAGUUGAAGCUAUUAUAAAAUGUUUAAGAAAGCCUUGUGUUAUCGUAAUAAUAGCAAUUAAAUAAUGCUAAUUGACUACAGAGAUUAAUUUUCAAUACUGUAAAAUCUCAGUGAAUUAAGUUUCAUUAAUUACUGCACAACGUUUCCAAAUCGAGUCAGCUUUGGCACUUUCACUCAAUGUCAGUGGCAUGUUCUCCGGUAAGUUUCUCCUGGAAGGCCCUAUCAUCGCUUCGCAGGUCUUGGCAAGGAUCGGCAGGUCGAUUGUACUUAAUUGUCGCACAAGAGCCGCACGAUCGCGUUUCUUUUUGUAGCCGCGCCGAGGACGACACCGAGCUAGAAUGAGGGAUUUCGCUUAGAGCCACGGAGGGCCAACUGUUAUCGAUAGACUACUGUGUAUUUCUAUGGACGAUACUUGUAAUACGAUUUUAAAUGGCUACUCGUAAAAUCAUCGCGAUUGCACUCGUCCCAGAAGGAGUCGCGGGGCGGGGAAAAAAGAGAAUGGCAAGAACAGGGGACGAGGAAUAGAUAGACGAAACAAAUUAUAUAUUUUGCCGUGCCAGACGAAAACAAAAGCUGCCGCCGCUAAUCGUAGAUCAGUUGUAAUAACGACUCACUAUUGUAUCGCGACGAACACCUUAGAGUAUGUAUCCAAGUAAAUUAUAUAUAAAAACUAUAUAAAACAGC